AAGCACAUCAAUUCAUAAUGAUUGAAGACAAUAAGGAGAACAGAGACCAUUCCCUAGAAAGGGGAAGAGCAACUCUUAUUUUUUCCUUAAAGAAUGAAGUUGGAGGACUUAUAAAAGCCCUGAAAAUAUUCCAGGAGAAGCAUGUGAACCUGUUACAUAUUGAGUCACGAAAAUCAAAGAGAAGAAACUCAGAAUUUGAGAUUUUUGUUGACUGUGAUAUCAAUAGAGAGCAAUUAAAUGAUAUUUUUCACCUGUUGAAAUCUCAUACUAACAUUCUCUCCGUGAAUCCAUCAGAUAAUUUUACUGGGAAGGAAGAUGGCAUAGAAACUAUUCCAUGGUUUCCAAAGAAGAUUUCAGACCUGGAUCAUUGUGCGAACAGAGUUCUGAUGUAUGGAUCUGAACUAGACGCAGACCAUCCUGGCUUCAAAGACAAUGUCUAUCGUAAAAGGCGAAAAUAUUUUGCAGACUUGGCUCUAAAUUACAAACAUGGGGACCCAAUUCCUAAAGUGGAAUUCACAGAAGAGGAGAUUAAGACCUGGGGAACUGUGUUCCAAGAGCUCAACAAACUCUACCCAACUCAUGCUUGUAGAGAGUACCUCAAAAACUUACCUUUGCUUUCCAAAUAUUGUGGAUAUCGGGAAGAUAAUAUUCCCCAAUUAGAAGAUGUCUCCAACUUUUUAAAAGAGCGCACUGGUUUUUCCAUCCGUCCUGUAGCUGGCUACCUAUCCCCAAGAGAUUUCCUAUCUGGUUUAGCUUUUCGAGUUUUUCACUGCACUCAGUAUGUGAGACACAGUUCAGAUCCUUUCUACACACCAGAGCCAGACACCUGCCAUGAACUCUUAGGCCAUGUUCCACUAUUGGCUGAACCCAGUUUUGCCCAAUUCUCCCAAGAAAUUGGCCUGGCAUCCCUGGGUGCUUCAGAGGAGGCUGUUCAAAAACUGGCAACGUGUUAUUUCUUCACUGUGGAGUUUGGGCUGUGUAAACAAGAUGGGCAGCUACGAGUCUUUGGUGCUGGCUUGCUUUCUUCUAUCAGUGAACUCAAACAUGCACUUUCUGGACAUGCCAAAGUAAAACCCUUUGAUCCCAAGAUUACCUGCAAACAAGAGUGCCUCAUCACAACCUUCCAAGAUGUCUACUUUGUAUCAGAAAACUUUGAAGAUGCCAAGGAGAAGAUGAGAGAGUUUACCAAGACAAUCAAGCGUCCCUUUGGAGUAAAGUACAAUCCAUACACACGGAGUAUUCAGAUCUUGAAAGAUGUCAAGAGCAUAACCAACGCUGUGAAUGAGCUGCGGUAUGACCUCGAUGUUGUCAGUGACUCCCUUGCUAAGAUCACCAGGCAGCCAAGCCUCUGACAGUCCCUGUCCUGAUCCAGAGGCAUUGGAACAUCAUUUCAGAGCCCUGGAGGGGCAACUUCUGCUUUUCUUGAAGACCUGAUGAUGGAGUGGGCAAAAAGGACAGCGGCUCUCAGCUAUAAAUUAUUCAAUAUUCCAAUCAUUAAUGGAUCACUAUUUUUUGAAAAUUUUACCUAUUCU